AUGAACCCCCUCGCCGAUAUCCUGACCUCGAUCGACCCGAGCAAAGCGACCAUCUUCAAGAAUACGGCCCCAGUCCAGCGCCUGGGUACCGGUUCCCCGAAACCUGCCACGGGGCAGCGCCCGCCGCAGCGCCCUGCCCAGCCCGCGAACGGAACCCCCGAAGCGUCCGCGCUUAAGCGUAAAGCUUCCAACCCAGGCGAUGUAGGACAGAACAAGAUACCCCGGAAAGAUGCGCCUGCGCCGCUGGCCACCACGAACGGCGCUCGGUCGGGUUCCGCCCCUGCCGGGUCACGAUCGACCUCUACCACACCCACCACUUCAAUGCCCUACCGAGGGACCGCCGGCUUGGGUGCAUCCAAAGCUGCGAAUCCGCAAGUCAAGAAGCCUUUACCUGCUGGUGCUGGACAAUCUGCCAAGACCGCAUCGCCUGCCUCUCGACCGACUGCGCCGAAGCCCACUUCAGCUGCAUCGGCUGCAUCGGCUGCACCAGUGAAAAAGGUGGGAGGUUAUUUGGCCAUGUUGCAGAAGGCCAAACAGAGGGAUGCUACGAAGCCUGUUGCCCCUCCAGUCAAGCCCGAGCCGGUCAAAAUCAUGUCCAAGAAGGAGCGGGAGGCUGCCCGACUUGCCGCCAAAGCAGGUCCGAAGGGGAAGCAACCAGUUGCUGGGCCCCCGGGGCGAGCUUCUGCUCCGAAAGCAGGCGCGGCCAGCACGUUGCAAGAGAAGCGGAAACCUGCCGACCUCGGAUACCAAGGCACCGCCCGCCCUGCCAAGAAGCCCGCCGAGAUUGGUUACAAGGGAACAGCCCGUCCUGCUGCUGCUGCAUCGUCUGCUGCCCGACCUGGUGGGCCCGCUGCUGCCAUUAAGAAGAAGCCCAAGCCCGCCCAGGAUCGUUACGCCGGGUACGCCAACUGGUCGGACCUUUCUGAGAUGGACGAUGACGAAGAAGACUACGCAUCCGAUGGCUCCUCCGAUAUGGAGGGCGGCAUCUGGGACGUGGAGCGGGAAGAAGCCGAGGCACUCAAGGCCGCCAAACGGGAAGACGCCGAAGCGUUGGCCGAAGAGAACGCCCUCAAGCGAGAAAAAGAAGAGCGUAGGAAGCGUCUGGCCGCUAUGAAUAAGGCCGCGGCGGCGAAGAAGAAGUACUGA